AUGGUGAAUUUUAUAUUACAUGAAUUUUGCCACAAUUUUUUUAAAAAGGAAUGCAGCUCUUCUUCUGCCGCCGCUGAGUCGUGCAGAGACAGAGGCGCAGUGCGUUCAAGAUUCGGCUCCACCCGUGACUCAACGCCAUGCCCCGGAAGGCAUCGCUGCUGGAGGUGUAAUGGACGUCAACGCCACCUUCCAAGAGGAGCUGAAGACCGCCCUCAUCCACGACAGCCUGCCACACCGGAUCUGCGAAGCUGCCAAGGCCCUAGACAAGCGCCAAGCUCAUCUUUGUGUGCUUGCAUCCAACUGCGACGAGCCUGUGUAUGUGAAGUCGGUGGAGGUCCUUUGUGCCCAACACCAGAUCAGCCUGAUUAAGGUUGAUGACAACAAAAAACUAGGGGAAUGGGUAGGCCUCUGCAAAACUGACCGAGGGAGAAUGCCCCAGAAAGUGGCUGGUUGCAGUUGUGUGGUGGUGAAGGACUAUGGCAAAGAGUCUCAGGCCAAGGAUGUCAUAGAGGAGUACUUCAAAUGUAAGAAAUGAACAAAUAAAAAAC